AUGGUCGACGCCAACAAUACCAGAGCAACUUCAAAGAAGAUCAAAGAUUCGGCAUCCUCAAAAAACAAGAACGACGACAUAUCAGUAGCGAACGCGCUGAUCCCCGCGACACCUGGGAUAAAUCCUACCGGUUCAAUAGCGAGCACCACCCAAGCCCAUAGUGGCAGUCCGUUAAACGUCUCCCAAGCCCCUAGUGGCAGUCCUUCGAUUGGCACCCAAGCCCUUAGUGGCAGUCCGUUGAAUCCUUCAAACAAUGGUAACGUGAUGCUCAAAGACACCAUCCCAAACGACUCGAGAGUCAAUGACACCACAUACUCUUUGUUAGUCGAUACGAGCGAGUCACGCAGAGACCGAGCCCCAGUGGCAUCACUCCUCCAUUUACCAAAAGCGAAGCCUGCAGAAGCGGCCGCAAACGCUGAAGAAGAGGAAACCGAGGAAGACAACUCCCCAGACAUCGCGACAUCCUCCGUUAUGACAGAGAGACAAAACAUGUGGCAACGAGCGAUUGCAGCGCAAGAUGCAGGUGAUACGUCCCUAGCCGAGAUGCUUUUCAACGCAAUAGGCCGGAUUGGUGCGAGCCAACCCUUGAUCCCGGCACAGAAAGCAAAGGCGAACGUUUUCGCAGUACCGACCCGUACACCAUCUGGCGCGGUGAUAUAUCAAGAGUCAGCCCCCGUGUUACCACCAAGCGAAACGCCGAAUGGCCAGACGCCGGAGAAAUUUUUCUUGACAGAGGGAGACCUCGUCUACGCGAUCGGAUCGGUAACGAACCACAACAGUGUGGGUUUCGCACCGUUCCUAGAUGAGAACAUUCGCAAGCUCAGAUCGCCGUUACCACUCACAAUCUUCAAUCGUAAGUGGCAACAAAGAGCCAUGUCCUAUCACCUAGACCGACGUCAUAGAUCGGACGAUUCGUCUGGCGAGAAGGAGAAAUCAGGAGGAUAUAAAGGUUUCGCCUUCGUCCAAGAAUGGACACAAACUUACGCUCAGUGGACUCGGAAUCACCGAGCCUUUUGCAAGACACUUCAUGACGUCUACAAAAUAAAGAAGUUUUCGAAGUUACUCGCAACUCACAAGAACAAUUGCGAUGACAUAACUGAAGAGUUUGGCUUCAUGGUCGCUUUCCGCUACGAUAUGGAAGUGAGAAAUAACACUUUCUCUCACAGAAUCACUGACGAAGACGUAAAGAACGCUAUCCCUGAUAUCUCACAACGGAAAGAAUCUGUGGUCGAACAGUGCUACAACGUGAGCAGGAAUUUCGGCGAGCUCGAGUGGGAAGAAAAUCUGUAUGCUCCCGGCUUAUCACAUUGUAACCACGACCCCUUGACCGGUUAUGUCAAAACCUCAAAGGUGAACAACGUCCAGUACAGCGGUUAUCAGAAUAACGCCAUGAUACACAACCCAAUCUCUCAAGGGCAAUGGGUAACUCAUUCACACAACAAUUACAACAAUCACGGCAACACGCAACACGGCUACAGCAACGUCGGUAACUACAACGGUAGCAGAAAUAUCAGCUCCUACCAAAAUAACGGAGGGAUCGGUAACCAGAAUAACGGAGGGAACGGUAACCAGAACAUCGGCAAUAAUAAGAGGCCCAGAGGAGGUUACCGAGGCGGGAAUUACUCAGACAAUUUCCAAGGAAGGAACAACGGGAACCAGCAAGGGAAAAAGGGAAACACAAACAAGUAG